AUGUCGCCCUCUUCGAAGAAGGGCAAGAAGAAAGCAUCUCCCCCGGCCGACGACAUGGCCUGGGAGACCGAGCGCGACUACCAGCGCGUUCUCCAACAGGCCCUCACGGCCUCCUCCACCAUCCUCGCCGGCGGCAACCCCGACGGCGCCUGGACUGACAGUGAGGACGAACUCUUCACCGCACGCCCCUCCCCCCGCCGCAAGAGCCGGACUCCGGCCUCCGCCCCUGCUCCCGCUCCUGCCCCCCCUCCCCCUGCAGCUCCUGCCGCGCCCACGGUGCGAGAGCUCCUCCUCCACCUCUUUGGGGUCGCGCUCCGGCUUGGCCCCAUCAACGAGUCCAACUUCGCUGAGGCCUCUGUCCUCUUCAACAAGGCGCCCGGCCAGUCCAGCGACGCCCUCGCCCAGUUCUGGGCCCAGAACACCACGCAGUGUGUGCUGGCCAUGGACUACGCCAACAUCACGGCCCACUACCGUGAUCAGGUCGCCCGCGCGGCCAACCCCCCUCCCCCGCCGGCUGAGACGGACGCCAUGGACGUCGCCCCGGCCGACCUCCCCCCGACUGCGCCCCUCCCCGCCCCACCCCUCCAGGCGGCGCCUCCGGCCUCCCCCCCGCCUGCCCCCAUCCUCGAGGCUGCCCCCGUGGCCAGCCCC